UUGAAGGGUGAUUUUAAAAGAACAAUGGGUAAAGUAGCUACAACAGAAGCUCUGCGCUUCAUGGUGGAUUGUUUGAAAGCGGCCGGUGCUGCUAGCAAUGCUGCACAACAGCAAGCGGAGCUGCUCAUACAGGCCGAUCGCCUGGGACAUCCCAGCCAUGGGCUUAAUAGACUUGAGUUCUACGUCAAUGACAUCUUAAGUGGUGCCUGUUCACCAAACAAUCAACCAAAAGUACUCAAAGAGAGUGCGUCAACCGCCUGGGUGGACGCGAACAAUGUACUCGGGGCCACUGCAAGCCAUUUUGCUAUGGAUAUCGCUAUCAAGAAGGCUAAGGAAACCGGAGUUGGUUGGGUCACUGUAAAAGGUUCCAAUCACAACGGCAUGGCGGGCUGGUGGGCACAAAAGGCAGCUGACAAAGGCUUAAUUGGAAUGGCAUUUACUAAUACUUCACCUCUGCUAGCGCCAACGAGGAGCAAACAGUCGGCGUUAGGGACGAAUCCCCUAUCGGUGGUUGCCCCGGCAUCCGAUGGUGAAACUUUCUAUUUGGAUAUGGCGACUACAUCUGUGGCGGUGGGAAAGAUAGAGAUGCAGCUACGUAAAGGUGAGCCGAUACCAAACGGGUGGGCUCAGGGACCUGACGGCAAGGAGACAACUGACGCGGAAUUGGCAUUUAAAACGCAAUGCCUUUUGCCGUUGGGCGGUGGCGAGAGUACAUCAGGAUACAAAGGCUAUGGAUUAGCGGCUAUGGUGGAAUUAUUUUGUGGUAUCUCUUCAGGGUCAAAUUACGGUCACCACAUACGAUCGUGGUCACACAGCAGUGACGGCGGUCCUGCUAACCUGGGUCACUGCUUCGUCGCGAUAGAUCCGGAAUGUUUCGCUCCCGGCUUCGGAUCACGUUUAACAGACAGUAUGAGACAUUGGAGGCAACUGGAACCGACCGAUCCAGACUUGCCAGUAUUGGCGCCAGGAGAUAAGGAAAAAAGAUGCGCCCAAAUUACUAAUUCUGAAGGUACAGUUACGUACGUGAAGCAACAGAUUGAAAGCAGCGCGGCUCUCGCUAAGAAGCUGAAAGUUAAGCCAAUGGGAGUGACAGCUAACAACUAA